GAGGAGGCAGAGACAGAAUCUAGAAAAUGAGCUACAAAUACCCAUGUCCUUCCUUCACUUGUUCACAAGCACAGAAAAUCUUUGAUUUUUUCUCCCCAUUAUUUUAUUCGGUAGAUGCGUUGUUGUGAUAUAUCUAUCACUCUAUCAGAUUGCCAUUUUGGAGAGGAGAGAAGAAAAAGAAUGAGAGAGAGAGAAGAAGAAGAAGAAUAGAACGAAUCAAGAUGCCCCAUAGGGCGAAAGAGAAAGUUGUACUACUCCCAUAAAAGAUAAAAGAAGAUGUUGACAAUUUUCAAGUCAUUGUUCUUCUCAAAGCCUUGAUUUUGUGUAGAGAGAGAGAGAGAGAGAAAUGUUUAUCUAGGUUCUGUUUUACUGUGCCUGCUUUUGGUUGAUCAGAGAGUGGCCCAGCAGAUGGGAAUUUGUUUCUGUGUUGUUUUCUUGUGCAGAUCAUCUUUUUAAGGUUGUGUUCUUCAAUGGCCGCCAAGGUACAAAGAUUGCAGCUUUCUGGUUUUGGGUCUUGGAGGUCUUGUCUUUCUUGUUGAGGUUGUUGUUGGGGUUGUGAUUUUUUGCUCAGAAAAUAUUGCACUUUUGAGAGGGUAUAGCAGAACUGCAGAAGAACUGGGUGGCAAGGAAUGGGAACUAAGAUACAAUGUAAGACGUAUUUGCCAGCGUUUUACUCUGUAAAGGAUCUGAAUGGCCACGUUAAUAAUAGGGUGCCUUUACUAAAUCAUGAAGAACAAACGCUAAGAAGUGUUCAGCAUUUUGACUUUUUUGCAUCGUGCGUGCCUGUGGAUGGAUACUUUGAAUACGACAAGGAAAAAGUGAGGCAGACGAUUUUGAAGCAUGAAUCGAUAUUCAGGCACCAGCUCCAAGAACUGCACCGCCUUCACAGGAGGCAGAUGGAACUGAUGAGUGAGUUGAAAACGAGAGAACUGCAAAAGAAUUCGAUGAAGGCUGAGACAUUGCAUUUCGGGCACUUCUUGUCUCACGCUCCUCCCAGUGAUGUGAAACGAGCCUGGAGCGUUUCUUACUUUCCUUCACCGAGUUCAGGGUCUGCUCUCGUGUCCACAUCAGGCACUAGUUACAGUCAGUCUCCGUUUGAAUUCAUAAAAGGCGAAAACAGGGCUAGUCGUUUCUCCUCCCAAGACAAAGAAAUUCCACGGGCUGGUAAUGAAGACAGAUAUAAUUCUAACACUACAACACUCGAGUUCUCAAAGAGGACCAAUCGUCUUGCUGACUUGAAUGAACCCAUAUUUCUCGAGGAAGCUCCAAUCUUAGCUUCAAAUGCCAAUCCUUACAGAAUCAAUUCUCUUGCUGAUAGCAUUGAGAGUAUGGAUAAGUUGUCUCGGAAUCACAUCAUACGAAGGAAUGGCGGGAAUGGCUUCAACCACAUGCAGUCCGUUAGUGGAAGGAAUGGACAGGAGCAUUUGAUUAUCGACAUAAAUGCUGAUGCUCACUCUGACAGUUCACAUACACCUUUUCCAUCUAAUAACACCAAGGCAGAACACCCGAAGAAAAGGACAAUUUUUGGUGUUGUAAUAUCCGAAGGAAAUGAAGAACGAUCUAUGACUGUUUCCAGUGGAAGUUGUAAGGGAGUGAAGCAAAACCUCGACUGUAAUGGAGGCAAAGUGCACAUGAAUGGUGAUAUAAGAAUGACUUCGAGUUCAAAAGGCGAUGGUGCUUCCCGCAGUUUGCAGUUGAAUGCCCGAGAGGUAAAUGGAUGUUCCUCGGUUGGCUUUAACUAUGCUAAUGGCAAAUCUGUAAUGGCAAUGAAGGUUGACACAGAAAAACUCGUCAUAUCUCAAAAUGUUGCAUAUUGUCAAACAAAGCGAGAAAGUUCCAAGGGAGCAUUGCCAUGGUUCAUGGUAAAAUCACAGCAUGGUCUUGACCAGAGCAAAGAGGGCGAGAAUUAUUGUCACACGAAUCUUGAUUUAUUGAAAAAUUGUUCUCAGCAAAUUUUCAGAAAAUCAGAAACAGAUGAGGAUUUUUCUCGAAUUUUGAAUAGGAGACAAGAAGCCAAGCCAUCAACAUCCAUCAAAGAUUCUGAGCACAGCAAUAUUGAAGUCAGUUCUGCUACAGCUGUUAAGAAGAUUUUUGGGGUUCCAAUUUUUAAGUCCUCUAAAGAUGUAGUAAACUCUGCAGAUUCCCUCUCCCGGGCCAGUUUUCUGGACGUUCAUGGAGUUAAUUCCAAGAAUGUAUUUGCAGACGACACAGCGUCUAAAAAUCAGUUUGACGCUAAGGAUAAUAUUAUUGAGAAGAGACUGGACAACAACAUUUCCGGUUUGAGUCCUCAGAUUGAUCUUAACCUGUCGUUGGAUGAAGAAGAGGUGUCACCCACGCCUUCUCUCCCUCGAGCAGUUGUGGAAAUUGAGUUAGAUGAUGAGGCUCCGGCCCUUCUUGAAUCCGAAGGAGUUCUGUCUCUCGAAGCAGAAUCCCGGGAUAUUAAAUCAGGAUUGGAGGAAUUUAAAGAACCUCGUGGAGAAGCUGCAAGACGAGCUGCUGAGGCUAUAGUUUCCCUCUCACAGACUGGUGAUAACAGUUUCCUCGACAGUCUCUAUAAUAAGAACUCGGAAUCUGCAGCUACUGCUUGCCUUGAAUGGUUUGCAGAAUUGAUUACUUCUGAAGUGAACGGUGACGAGUGCAGGAUAAUGGAAGCUUCCUCGGGGAAACAACGAGGUAACAGCAGCGAUGAAGAUUCCAUCCCCGAUGGCAUGGAUUACUUUGAGUUUGCAACACUCAAGUUGAGAGACAUGAAGGAAGAAGGGCAGUGUUAUGAGCCAUCUAUUUUGGAAAUUCACAACGACGACGAAGAAGAAGAAAUAGGGGCAGCUACAACACAAUCGAAACGCCCACGAAGAGGGCAGGCAAGAAGGGGCAGGCAGAGAAAAGACUUCCAAAGGGAUGUCCUGCCAGGAAUCAUGUCCCUUUCUAAGCACGAGCUAAGCGAGGAUAUCCUGACAUUCGAAGAGCUGUUGAGAACCUCGGGUUGCUCUUGGCAGUCAUGUUUGUCACAAAAGAAAGCCACUAAGACUGGUAGGGGAAGGAGGCGCCGUGGAGGCUCAACUACUCCCUCCCCCAUUAAAACCGCAACUCCAUCAAACCAACCUCUCUGCAACGAAGUGGAGAUCGAGAAGGCCAGCCUAACCGGAUGGGGAAAGAAGACACGACGCCUGCCAAGACAGCGCUGUCCAACUACUCAUCAUGUUCCUCUGAUGCAAUGCUAACAUGGUUCCUAAAUUUCCUCAAAAACAUGUACUAGGAACAGGAGAGGCUGCCAUAGCAUUCUUGGUUGAGUCCAGUGUAUAGUUUGCUUUGCACUACAGAUUAUAUUUCCAGGCAACUCUUGAAAGUUCUUUGAGUAAUAAGGCUGCAACAGACACUGUCAACUUACACCAGCAGAAAAGGAUGGCCUUUGUAUCAGACCUCCCAUUAUUUAUUCAGAUCUGAUCUUUGAUCAGGACUGGGUUUGUGGUGGCUUAUAGAGCUAUAAUGUCCAUGUAUUUCUUAUAUCAUCUUUACCUUAUAUUUGAGCUUAUUAACAUUAUUUGAACUAAUUUAUAAUUAAUCCCAUUAUCCUUGCAGAAUUAAUGAAA